AUGGGCGUGUCGGAAAAGCAAGAGGACAUGCUCCUCGGCGGCUACCACCCCGAGCCCGUGACCGCGCCGACGCCCAAGUGGCUCCGCGUCAGGCAGUCGAUGGGCUGGAACAAGAGGUCCAAGACGCUGCUCGGCGUCUUUGCCGGCCUGUCCGUCGUGGCCAUGAUGCUCAGUGGCUUUUGCUCUUCUUCUCACAAGAUGGACUUCGUCGACAGUGACCCCGUCAGACAGCCAGACUUGGCCGCCGCCCAGGACCUCGAGUGGAAGCCCAAGUCCGGCUGCCGCAAUACUCCCCACGCCUUCCCCAAGUUCUCGCAUCAAGUCCGCCUCGGCGGCGGCCAAAAGUUUGGCAUCCGCGAGACCCUCGACCACAAGCACGGGCCUCGAGUCGGCCGCCGGCCGGACGUCUCGGGCCAAAUCAUCCUGCGGCCCGCGAGCAACAACGCCUCCGAGGCGACCGUCGACCUUGAAAUCAUCUCCAACGACGAGGACCUGCAAGUCAACGUCGAGCCCAAGUUCCACGGCGACAACCAGCGCCUCAUCAUGGCCGUGCCCCAUGCCGCUUCCUCCUGGUCCGACGGCGACGGCGACGGUCCCUGCAUCCAGAUUCGCGCCACCUUCUGGGUCCCUCGCAAGGCCUACCUGCGCCGGCUCAGCGUCGAGUCGGUCCACCUCGACGUCGACGUCAUGGACGGCCUGACGCUCGGUGUCUCCGACGAGACAAAGAUUAGCACCGUUGUCGGCCGGCUGCGCACCUCGCUGCCCAAGGACCUCGGCGACGACGUCGUCCCCUACACGCUGCAGUCGCGCAAAAUCUCCAUCGAGACCGUCAGUGCCCCUAUUGAGGGCUGGUUCCCGCUCUACGACCGCCUCCGCCUCGCCUCGGCCUCGGGCGACAUCACCGCCCAGGUUGCCCCCAAGCCGGGCCUCCACAACCACCAUGACAAGGCACGCCUCGAAGUCUCCUCCGUCUCCGGCAAGGUCAGCGUCCAGGAGCCCCUCAAGGGCGCCAUUGACGCCCGCAAGCCCGACAACAAGCUGCCCGCCCGCCCCUACGUGGUCAAGUUCUCGACCGUCUCGGGCAACGUCGACGCGCGCCUCGCCGCGAACUGCGACGCCCAGUUCAAGUCCGUCUCGGGCGAGCUGAGCCUCGAGCUGCUCCCCGUGCUGGACAAGAAGGUGGAUAAGAGCGGGUCCCUCAAGACGGACACGCGCAGCGGCGACGUGCGCCUGACGGUCCUCGAGCCCGUGUGGGUCGGCGGCGACAUGGACAGCAACCGGGGCUCCCUCGGUCGCCUCCGCUCCAAGCACCAGUCCAUUAGCGGCGACCUGAAGCUCUCGUACCCGCCCAGCUGGCAUGGCAGCUUCACCGCCAAGGCCCUCGCGGGCGAAAUCGAGGUACACGGCAAGGACGUCGAGAUCAUCCGCCGCGGCCGCAGCAUUGCCCGCUUCGUCGAGGGCCGCAAGGGCGACGGCGAUUCGUGCAUCAAGGUGGAGACGGUCUCUGGCGACCUCGACCUGACCCUGGGCGAAUAA